AUGGAAGAAAACAGUCUAUUGAUUGGUCCCCUGUCAGUGUUCUGGCGAUGGUAUAUUUAUGCCCUGCACGGCUAUGCCACAGAAAUCAUAUUCACAGCCGGUUGGGAGUUUGUCUUUAACUUAAACUGGAAACUCAUGGGCAACACCAGCAUCUGGAUUAUGCCUAUAUACGGAAUAUCAGGCUUAGUGUGCGAGCAAAUCUACAUAGCAUGCAAAAGUCGUGGAAUGCCUUUGAUUUUAAGAGGCUUUGUCUAUCUAGCAUGGACAUAUAUAUGGGAGUUCAGCUCUGGUUUUGUACUCAAGCAGUUUGAUCUCUGUCCCUGGGACUACAGUCACUAUGAGGGUGAUUUCAUGGGGUUGAUCACGUUAGAGUACGCCCCACUGUGGUACUUGCUUGGACUCAUGUUAGAUCUCAUCGUUCUACCCCUCACACGCCAGCUGUACUGGGGACCUACUCAUGACGAUUUCAAUGUCCUAAAGAAGCAGGAUUAA